AUGGUCUCUACCCGAUCUUCUCAGGCGCACGAAGAGAAUGCCGAAUCGGCACCCGCCCUUGAUUACCACGAGUCUUCCGGGGAAGAGAGCCAGAAUGAAGAGGAGGAGGAUGUGAAAGAGACAGACAAGAAGAAGAAGGAGAAACGCGGGAGCAGCAAUGAGAAGAAGAGGCCUGCCCCAUCAGGCGAGGGUGUCGCUUCUCCCGAUUCGAAAAAGCACAAGAAUGCGUACGAAAUCAGCAAUUCAUUAGAGGGCAAGGUAGCCACGGCCGAGGAUGCUGCUCGGAUGGACAAUGACUCUCCCAUUCAACGCUUGUACAAAGCACUUGAACAGCAAGAGGAAAAUAAGGAAGCAGGGGAGAGUGUGGUGUAUUGGAUGAGGAUGGAAGACCUCCGAAUCGAGGAUAAUAUCGCUCUAUCAAAAGCCUCCCAGAAGGCCAAGGAGCUUGGCGUACCGCUGCUGGUCCUCGCAGUACUCAGUCCGGGAGACUAUAAUUGGCAUGAUCGAAGUCCUAGGCGAAUCGACUUUAUGCUCCGGAAUCUGCGAUCUGUCCAGAGCAAACUUGACAAGCUCAACAUCCCCCUCAUCGUCAAGUCUUACGACAAACGCCUCACCAUCCCUCGAAAGGUGAUCACCGACAUCCUCCCUUCCCUCUCAGCUGCCCAUCUCUUCGGUAACAUCGAAUAUGAAGUCGAUGAGUUGACGCGCGAUAUCAAGACUGUCCAGCUAGCUGGGAAAGAAGGGAUAGAAGUGAAACUGUUCCAUAAUAGACUGGCUGUACCACCGGGCAGAAUCUUUACCCAGGCGGGCAAACCUAUGCAGGUUUACAGCCCUUGGCAGAGAGUAUGGGCAAGAAUACUUGAGGAAGAGCCUAAACUGCUCGAAAUGUCGCGUUUGCCAGAAGCCAACGACUCGGCUGUCCGCAAGCAUGUCAAGUUUUCCAAGCUCUUCGACACGAAAGUACCGGAGAGAGUCGAAGGUUUUGAGUGCCGAGAUCAAGAGUUCAUGGCGAAGCUCUGGCCAGAGGGGACCGAGGCAGCCAAGGAGGCAACACAGUUCCUUGACCGAUUCUUGCACACUAAAGCUCAGCAGAACAAUUUCGGUGACACUCCGCCGAUCUCUCCGGACGCUGAGAAUUCCGACAAAGACUCUAGGAUCCAAAACUAUGGUGAAGGGCGCAACUUGAUAGAUGGCAAUAACAGCUCCAAGCUGAGCCCUUACCUCGCUAGUGGUGUCAUCAGCGUGAGGCAAGUGUUGAAUGAAGCCAAGAAGUUGGGGAAAAGUGGGAAGUUGGAGAGUGGACGGGAGACAAGCGUGGGCAUGUGGGUGCAAGAGGUUGCUUGGCGAGACUUCUAUAACCAGGCAAGUCCCAUCGAAUUAGACUGUAAUCAUAAUCUAACGUAUUAUCAGGUCAUGACCACUUCACCUCGAGUUUCCAUGGGUCGCCCCUUCCAGGAAAAGCUCGCGGACGUUCAAUGGGAGACGUCCGAGUCCAAUCUACAAGCCUGGAAAGACGGCAAGACUGGAUACCCUAUCGUCGACGCCGCCAUGAGAGCGUUGAACGCCCGGGGAUGGAUGGAGAAUAGGUUGAGGAUGGUGACUGCCAACUUUUUGAUCAAAGAACUCAUGUUGGAUUGGAGGUUGGGCGAACGCUACUUUAUGCAGAGUCUGAUUGACGGUGACCUGCCUUCCAACAAUGGCGGCUGGCAGUGGGUGGCCAGUACAGGAACCGACCCCCAACCCUAUUUCAGGAUCUUCAAUACUAUAACUCAGUCCGAGAAAUGCGACCCCGAAGGAUCCUUUGUCCGCCACUGGGUCCCUGAGCUCAAGGAUGUCAAGGGCAAGGCGAUCCAUGAUCCCCACAACCAUUUGUCUUCGGCCGAGUUCGAGAGGCUGGGGUAUCCUGCUCCUAUCGUUGAGCACAAGGAGGCACGUGAGCGGGCGCUGUUCAGAUACAAGAAUGUGGGAGAGGUUUCCGAUGAAGAGUAG